AUGUCUAUUGGGAUUGUGAUGCUUGGUAUCGAAAAACAGGCGGUCGCGGAGAAGGACAACCAGGAUCAGAAGCAGAAGGUAGCACGACACCCCCAGCAAAUCAUGAACCUUAUCGCCAAGGAAGCUGAAUGUGAUGUGGAUGACAUUGUUGACUUUGAUAUCUGUGUUGUGGAUGCUGUGCCCGCCACCGUCGCCGGCCUCGAGGACGAGUUUGUAUUUGCGCCUCGCUUGGACAAUCUAUGCCAUUGCUACUGCACUACCCAG